AAGAUUUUCAACUAGAUGUACGGAAGUGUAGGCUCUUGUGCGCAUCUUGCAAUGGUCAAUUCUUCAUGGACUCAAGCACAUAUCGAGAAGCUUUGGGGAAUCCCUUCUUGUAUUAAGAGGGUCUACCCUCCCUAUGAUACUUCUGGUCUCCAGAAGCUACCCUUGGAAAGAUCGGUGGAGCCAAUGAGGAUAAUUUAUGUGGCUCAAUUUCGUCCCGAUAAGGCUCACCUGCUUCAACUUGAGGCAUUUGCGGUUGCUAUCGAGAAUCUUGAUUCACAUCUCCUCCGGCCUAAACUCCAGUUUGUCGGUAGUUGCAGGAAUAAAGCAAACGAGAAGCGAUUGCUUGUUUUAAAAAACCGUACGAAUGAGCUAAAUUUGGGCUGUCAUGUUGAGUUUUAUAAAAAUGUGCCCUACAGUAAGCUGGUGAGUCUCUUGGGUGAUGCAACGAUGGGAAUUCAUUCCAUGACAGACGAGCAUUUUAGUAUCAGUGUGGUGGAAUUCAUGGCUGCCGGUGCUAUACCAAUCGCUCACAAUUCAGCUGAUCCCAAAAUGGACAUAGUUUUACCCGAGGAUGGAAAGCCAACGGGGUUUCUCGCCCAAACUGUCCAAGAAUACGCCGAUGCCAUUCUUUUGGUUAUCAGAAUGUCAGAUUCGGACCGGCUUGAAAUGGCUGCAGCUGCAAGAAAACGAGCUUUACAGUUUUCAGGACAAAGAUUCGAUCAAGAUUUCAUGGCUGCAAUAGAACCACUCAUGUCGGGUUCUUCUCAAUCUUAAUGACAAGAAAACUCGGUAAUUCUAAACUCUAUUUUGUUAACAAAUUUACAAUAUA